GUUUACUUUCUCAAUCAAACAUGGCCGCCUUAGCAACCGCUCUAUUCGACGACGAACUGUUCACGGAUGAGGAAGAGUCUUGUGUCCCACCUACCACCGCGUCUUGCACGGUAAGAAAGCAGAAAAGGUUGAACAGGGAGGAAGUCGGUCGCUUUCUGCGGGAGGCAGAGAAGAACAGGAGGCUGAUUGAAAAAUUGGAGAAAGAGAGAGCCCUGACUGUUCUGUGCAGAAAGAAUGCCUGGACGGAUGUCAUUGACGAACUUGAGGAAUAUGAAAAAAUACUGCAGAAAGAAAGGUUUUCUCAAAAGAUGAUCCUUCAGAAGCAGCUAGUGAAGAUCAAUAAUGGUGUGAAGAAAUUUCAGAAACACCUAACUGAUGUCAAGCCAUCUCCUGAAUUGAUUGAAAGACUUAAAGAAAUAAUGUUAGAUGUGGAAGUGUCGAUAAAUGCUCUAAAGGAGGAGCAGUGUUUACGCUUUGAGGAAUAUUCAAAGGAGGAGCUGACGUGCAAGCAGGAAGUUGUUGCUUAUGAGAGGAAGUUUAAAAACUGGAGUCUUCUUGUCAAGUCAAACCCUAAAUUACCUGCAGCUUCUACUCUGAAGGCCAACCCCUUCAACAAAAAUCUCCCUGCCGAGGUCAAAGCUUUGGAGGAUUUCUUGCAGAAGACUGGAGGGCCUCAUGGAGGCUGGGACCAAUUUGAUCACCAAGCGUUCUUAAGAGUCUGGAUGAAGCACGGUGGGCGGUCAUCAUACAGGAAAGAGGCCAAACUCUACCUGCCGAGUAAAACACAGGAGGAGAUCCAGCAACAUAACGACUGGCAUCAGGAGCUGCUUUACCUGCAGGACAAAAAGAGAGAGGCUAUUCAACGCUGGAAAACCAGUAAAGAUAAAGAACGUCAGAUGAGGAUCCAAACUCAAGAGGAAAUGGAGGAGGCACAAAGCAAAGAGAGGAAGGUCAAGAACUUGGCUGAGCAACAGCAGACCGAGGAGGAGAGAAUGGAGGUAGCACGGUGCCUGGAGGAAUGGAAGAAAAAGAAAAAACGAAAAGAGGAAGAAGAAGGAGAACAGAAACUGGCUGAGGAGAUUACCAAGAGAAAACAAGCAAAGGAGGAGCGCCGCCGCCAGCUGGAAUUAAAGAUGGCUCUUGAGGAGUAUCUGCGAUUGAAGCGUGGGAAAGAGGAGAAGCAGGAGAAGAGAAAAAGAGAGAAGGAACAGAGGGAAUGGGAGGAGAAGCGAAGAGAGGCAACAAAAGUCAUCAAAAGCUUCAGUGAAAGGGAUCUUCACAAGGUGGAGGCAAAGCUUCAUGAGAGGCAACUGAGGGAAAAGGAGGAAGAGGAAAGACAGAGAAGAAUCAUAGCUAAGCUAAAGGAAAAGAUGGAUGGUCAUGUGAACAGAGACCCCUCCAGGCUGAAUCGCCCCACUAAAGGAUGGGAGGAAAGGAUGAAACACAGUGAACCUUCAGGUCAAGGACCCAUGCUACAGAUGUUUCACAGAGCCAUCCCCUCUUGGAGACAAGGGCUGUGAUGUCACUAUGAGCCGAGUACUGCAAUUUUCCACAGUUUCCAGAGCCUCUAUUGGACUUAAAUCUUUUUUUGUUGUUUUGACACUUUUGUUAUAAUGGUAAAGUAUUUCCAAAUAAAAUAUUGUUUUUCUCU